CCUUUAGCGAUUGGUUGUUGGACCAGAAACAGCUGUGCAGAGCCGUGCCAUCUAAAGAGCUGUGGACCUGAAUGCAGUGUAGCUGGCUGGCGGUGACUUACACGGGGACUCCAGAGGGAGAGAGGAAGCGCUGCAGGCCACUUGCAUUGCGUCUUCCAGGCUGCGUGGACCCGGCGCCCCGGCGUGUGCGGUUGUCGGGGAGCUCGCCGUGGCGCCCCCUCCCUCUGGCUUUAGCUUCCUUUGGGGUUGGCGCAGGUGGGCCAGGCGGGGCACCGCAGAUCUCCCCGUUCCCACGAAGGCUGGCUCGCUGUCUCUCUUCGAGGGGGAGGGACCAUCCUAAAAAUAUGUAAAUAUCCAAGCGCUGGCUCCAGGCUGGGGCAGCUGCCAAGGUCCCCGCGCCGCCGCCGGGUGUUUUACAUGAAAAUGAGAAGCCUGAUGGGAACCGCGCUCUAACUUAAGGCAGCCUGGUGAUUAGCAUGAGACUGGGCGGCUGUCCUGCUUCCUGCCCUUCAAUAGCCGUUCCGCGCGCUCGCGCCGGAGCAGCGCUGCCACCGCGCGGGGGUAGAUCGCAGGCUCGGCGUCCUUGGCAGCCAUGGCUCCGGCGCCGCCUCGGCCAGUAAGUAGAAGCAUGCAUGUUUAGGGGGCACAUGCGUGUCGGCGCACCCACCCAGCCACCCACCCGCGCGCACGCACAGCUCCCGGAGCCUCGGCAAGGGGAAGAUUGACGAGGCGCUGCAGUCGCGGGGACGACGCGGGCUCUUCCUGGAUUCCCCAGGAGCCCGCCCGCCGCAGCUGCUGUCUACGGAGCCUGCUCGGAUCCUGUGCACACGCGCCCCCGGCUCGAGCCUCUGUGAUGAAGACUGCCUCCCGGGGACUGCAGCGGAGGCAGAGCCAGCCAGCGCCGGGGACUGCUGGCCGUGCGGCUGAUAGGCCGGCGGGGACACGACUCGGACACUGUCAUCCCCACGCCUCGCGCUGAGCUGCCCGGCGCGGAGGGUCUGCCGCCGCCCCUCCGGCCUCCCGCACGCCCGAUCCCGGGUCAGCCCCGGAGGCCUCGGCUGCCUCAUUUGUUUGGGUCUUUUGUGCCGUGGCUCCCAGUUGGCCAAGCACUCCUGCGCUGAAUCGGGCCAUUGUCUGCGCUCCCAUUGCCUUCACGCUGCAAGUCUCGGCGCCCCCACCCCGCCCGCCCCCUCCCCGCCUCCUCCCGGCCGGGGAGCCUCCUAACGUGCCUUUCCCCCCAGGAAUCUGGAAGCUAUAAGCCGGGCGGAUUGCAAAUGAAGUGUAAUGCAUUGUGGGACGUGUGUAAAAUCGGAGCCUUCGCCGUGGGGGUGUCGGGGGGCGUGGGGAGGGCCGGACCCGCCGCUGGCGGUGUAGACGCCGACGAGGAGGGGCUGGGAAAAUGUGCGCAGAGUCCGCCCGGGUCGUGCCCGCCGUAGACGGAUGAAGGAGCGCGCUGCGCCCCGGCGCUGAGGCCCCGAGGAUCGGGGCGGCAGGUCGCCCUCCCCACCAUGAAGAAGACCCGGAGCACAACCUUGCGGCGAGCCUGGCCUAGCUCGGAUUUCUCGGACCGGGCCUCGGACCGCAUGAGGUCCCGCAGCGAGAAGGACUACCGCCUGCACAAGCGCUUCCCCGCGGCCUUCGCGCCCCAGGCUUCGCGGGGCUACAUGACAUCAGGUGAUGUAUCACCCAUCAGUAUGUCUCCCAUCAGUCAGUCUCAGUUUAUUCCACUCGGGGAGAUCCUCUGCUUGGCCAUCUCAGCAAUGAACUCGGCAAGAAAACCUGUCACCCAAGAAGCACUGAUGGAGCACCUGACCACGUGUUUCCCAGGUGUUCCAACCCCAAGCCAAGAAAUUCUGCGACACACGCUGAACACGCUGGUACGGGAGAGGAAAAUCUACCCAACUCCAGAUGGCUACUUCAUCGUGACCCCACAGACUUAUUUCAUAACUCCUUCCCUCAUAAGAACUAACAGUAAAUGGUACCAUUUUGACGAGAGGAUACCUGACCGGUCUCAGUGCACCUCUCCGCAACCCGGGACCAUCACGCCCUCUGCCUCAGGCUGUGUCAGGGAAAGGACAUUGCCCCGAAACCACUGCGACUCUUGCCACUGCUGCAGAGAAGACGUGCACAGCACGCAUGCACCCACCCUGCAGAGGAAGUCUGCCAAGGACUGCAAAGACCCUUACUGCCCCCCUUCUCUGUGCCAGGUGCCACCCACUGAAAAGAGUAAAAGUACUGUAAAUUUUUCCUAUAAGACAGAAACUCUCUCAAAACCUAAAGAUAGUGAAAAGCAGUCAAAAAAAUUCGGGCUAAAGUUAUUCCGGCUAAGUUUUAAAAAAGACAAGACCAAACAGCUGGCCAAUUUUUCUGCCCAGUUUCCUCCUGAAGAGUGGCCACUGCGAGACGAGGACACGCCAGCUACGAUCCCUCGGGAAGUAGAGAUGGAAAUCAUUAGGCGCAUUAACCCAGACCUGACCGUGGAAAAUGUCAUGCGGCACACCGCACUCAUGAAGAAACUGGAAGAAGAAAAGGCCCAGAGGAGUAAAGCCGGCUCCUCUGCCCAUCACAGCGGAAGGAGUAAAAAGAGCAGGACUCAUCGGAAGUCCCAUGGAAAGUCUCGGUCUCACAGCAAGACACGAGUGUCUAAAGGAGACCCUUCCGACGGUUCACAUCUGGAUAUCCCAGCUGAAAGAGAGUAUGACUUUUGUGAUCCUCUUACCAGGGUACCCAGGGAGGGCUGCUUCAUCAUUGAACACAAAGGAGAUAACUUCAUCAUGCACAGCAACACAAACGUGCUCGAGUCCCACUUCCCCAUGACACCAGAAUGGGAUGUGUCUGGUGAAUUGGCUAAAAGGAGAACUGAGAUGCCUUUUCCUGAACCGUCUAGGGGAAGCUCCCACUCAAAAGUGCACCGAAGCCACAGCCAUACACAGGACCGGAGGUCCAGGAAUGAGAGAUCCAACAAAGCCAAGGAGAGAUCCAGGUCGAUGGAUAACUCCAAAGGCCCUCUGGGUGCUUCUUCUCUAGGGACGCCAGAAGACCUUGCUGAAGGCUGCAGCCAAGACGACCAGACCCCCAGCCAAUCCUACAUUGACGACAGUACUUUAAGGCCUGCACAGACUGUGAGUCUCCAAAGGGCUCACAUUUCGUCCACAAGCUAUAAAGAGGUGUGUAUUCCAGAGAUAGUCAGUGGCAGCAAGGAACCGUCCAGCGCUUGCAGCCUUUUGGAGCCAGGCAAACCACCCGAGAGUUUGCCAUCCUAUGGCGAACUUAACUCUUGUCCAACAAAAACAGCCACAGAUGACUAUUUCCAGUGCAACACCUCUAGUGAGACGGUGCUCACGGCACCAUCACCUCUGGGAAAGAAUAAGGAGGACCAUGACACUCUGACUUUGGCAGAAGGGGUGAAAAAGCUCUCCCCAUCUGAUAGGCAGGUCCCCCACUGCUCCAGGGAGCCUGUGGGGCACAAGGAGGAGUCACCAAAAGGGCCGGGUGGGGGCCCAGCUGCUUCGGGAGGAGUGGCUGAAGGGAUCGCCAACGGACGCCUCGUCCAGCACCAUGGUGCCGAGCCCAGCAGCUUGGACAAGAGGAAAGAGAUAUUUAGCAAAGACACACUGUUCAAACCUCUUCACAGCACCUUGUCUGUAAACAGCUAUCACAAAUCAAGCCUGUCCCUCCUAAAAUCUCACCCGAAGACACCUGCUGACACAUUGCCAGGCCGAUGUGAGAAACUGGAACCGUCCCUGGGGACCUCGGCGGCACAAGCCAUGCCUGCUUCCCAACGUCAGCAGGAGUCAGGAGGGAACCAAGAAGCCUCUUUUGACUAUUACAACGUCUCUGAUGAUGACGACUCUGAGGAAGGGGCAAACAAGAACACGGAGGAGGAGAAAAAUAGAGAGGACGUAGGCACCAUGCAGUGGCUCCUCGAGAGGGAGAAGGAAAGAGACUUGCAGAGGAAAUUUGAAAAGAACCUCACUCUUCUCGCCCCAAAAGAAACCGACAGCAGCAGCAACCAGAGAGCCACCCAUUCAGCCCGGCUGGACAGCAUGGACAGCAGCAGCAUCACAGUGGACAGUGGAUUCAACUCCCCACGUACUCGGGAGAGCCUGGCUUCCAACACAUCAAGCAUUGUUGAAAGUAACCGUCGUCAGAACCCCGCUUUGAGCCCGGCCCAUGGUGGAGCUGGUCCAGCCUUCAACUUCCGAGCGAGCACGGAGCCCCCGACAAAUGAAGCUGAGAAGCUACAGAAACCUUCCAACUGCUUGCAAGCUUCUGUUACUAGCGUGUGAUAGUCCUUCUGCCUCAGAUCUUCUGUCUCAUUUGAUACAGCAAAGUUUACGACACUGGGACUGAUGUUUACAUCUUUGGAAAGACAAGCAUCUCAACCACAGUUUUUGUGUUUACUUAAACUGUGCUGCUAAGUAGGGCUAGGGCAAAAAAACAAAAAAUCUUUAUUUCAGAGUAUUGCUUUUCACAUUUAUGGCUCUGUAGCAACUGAAUAACAGUAGGGGUGAUAUGUAUACUUUUGCUUCACUAAUUGUAUCUGAGCACACAUAGGAAAGUCUAAACACUGUAAGUGUAAUAUGCAUUUUCAAUGUCAUGCAGUUGCCAAUUCCAUUUUAAAAUGCCACAGAUGCGUGUUGCUCCCAGUCUGUGGUUAAAUGGUGCCACAGAACUGAUCCUUGACACUUCCAAAAAAAAACAAAACAAAAAAAUUAAAAAAAAAAAAAAAAAAAAAACAGAACUAAGCUACCACGAAAUGUCAAAUGCAAGGGUCCACCUUGAGGGAAAGAGAUGCCAAACUAACUAGAAGGGACCCCGGCCCUUUGUGUGUGAAUUGUUUAUGCGCCAGUCAUUUUUCACUGUGAGUUUUCGUGACACUACUUUGCAGGAGCCCAUGGAAGUGUGUGAGAAGGGGUCGCAAUGGAGAUUUCUUGGGAGUGAAUGUUUUCAGGGUUUUGUUUUCAAGUGUAACAGAUGCUUGUCUGAUUUUUUAACCUUCCAUGAUCUCAAACAGGAAUAUAGGCCUUUGAAUCUGAAGUGGACAAAGGAAAGGAAUUUCCAGUCUGGCUGGGGCACAGCACUAGGUGAUGGAAAAGGUGAUGUGGACUUGUAAAAGGUAUUACUCAAAUAUUGAAGGAAGAGAAUUUCCUCCUUGUAAUACUUAGGAUGACCCUAUCUUACUCUAAUAGAUACAAUAAUUAGUUUGUUUAAAAGCAAAAUGUUCUUUGUGAUACAAAUGAAGAGUAGGGCCUGAGGAUGUUAUUCUUUCUAAUGGAAGGACAUAAAUCUAUUUUAUGUAGUUUUAAAUAGAAUGCCUAAAUUAGGCUGUGGGAGAUAAUUUUUAGUGGUUAUAGGAAAAAGCAAAUUUAGGGAGAGUUGAACUUCAGGCCUUUUAUUCCUGGGAAGAUAUCUAUAGAGAAAACUUUUAAAAUAAUUUUUGAUUAGAAAUAUACAUGUGCCCAUGUAAUAAACAACAGAAUGUGCUCAUUCUGCUAGUGCGAUAUAAUCCUAAUUUGUACUCCCCUAAAAUUUAUCAGAAUAACAAUUAUGCAUACAUGAACUAUGCCAGAGUAAUGUUUACAGAUACUUUGUAACCAAUUUCAGGAGGCGUUUUUAGCUGGAUGUGUAGUUAAUUAGCCCAACUUAUUUCCAAAUGGUUUGUUAACAUUUUGCUUUGGUUUACAAUGUCAUGUUGAACACAAAGAAGACCCAGGAGCAAAGGGAUGACCAAAAAUUUCAUAUUAUAGCAAAGAGACAUUCCAACGUUCCCAUGUUUUAUUUUCUGAGAACAGUGGGACAGAUCUGUAGUAAUGGAAUAUUAUUUGCAAAAAGGUUACAUAUGACACAAGUAAGUGUUCUGACAUAAAGUUUUAUUUAGUUCAGUGGCAUGUGCUGUUGGGAGCCAUACACCAUAAAAUAUAUAUAUCCCAAAAUAAAUCCAGAAUAUUUUCACCUCCAAUUUCAGUAAUUGGCAUAUGAUUUGUGAGACACAUCUGUUUUUGUAUGAGGUUUAAUCACUAGCAAUCUGUUUAAAGAAUCCAGUCCUAUACACAGUUGGACUCAUUCUUGAAACCUUUAAAUGCUCCCUCAUAGUUUUUCAGUUAUUUGGAAGUUGCAUUGGGUCAAACUGAACUCCUUGAGUUUGGUGUGAAUUCCUUUUUUGUGCUUAUUAUAGUGAAAUUUUAGCACGUUUCUUAGUAAACUCCCAUACCAUUGAAAUGCUUAAGCCAGUUGGCUUUCAGUCUCAUGCCUUAUUUCCUCCAAGGCAUGCCUCGACGCAUUGUUUGUCUCAUUGCUUAAAUAUGUCCAGAACGAAUGAUCAUGUAUCUAAUAGACUACAUAGUUGGUUCCCUUGGGGAGUUAUAUAUCAUACAGUUACUAAAUUUUUGUCUAAAUUCAUUUUUUCCAAAAACCUGCUCUCAAAUUUUUCUUCUACUCUCAGUUCAUAAAUAAUAUAACCAUUGAAGCAACACAUCAGCCUCUAGCUGAUCCUCUGAAAGUAGCCAUUGAAAUAAUCGAAUACUGUAUGAACAGGAAAGGAAAGCAUUACCUUUAAGAGAAGCUUUAAAAUAGGAAUUUAUUGAUAUUUCAUGAGACAUAGGUUUACAGAAGACAUUAUUCAAAUAAAUAUGUACACUAUUUGCCUGAUGCUAUGGGGUACAUAAUUUUUAAAAAACUCCUUUAGACCAGCAGCCAUUAGUGUAGAAAUGAUGGACCUUAAAGGUGAUACCAUGUAAGCAGACGUUGCAUAUAAAAAUAUUCCUGCCUGAAUCUGAUUGAGAUUCUUGAAUAGGGGAGGAGUGGCAGCCGGCAGCACAUUGCAAAUGUCACCCGAGGUCACGGUGAGGCUCUCGGUCCCGGAACAGUGCAGUCCUCACCAGGCGUUGCCAGUAUCCCUCUCCUCCUGUAAAAUCAUAGCUUUGUGUUACACGACUGCUUAUCCAGUCUUAGGGUUUAGCAACUGAAAGGUUUACAAAACUGAAUCUGGUUGAAUCUCUGUGAAAGGGUCAACACAUCUGUCGGCAUUUUGCACACUUAUGUAUUAUUAUGAUACAACAUAUUACUUUAUGGUAAUUUUUAUUUUUACAUAUAACUACCUCCAUAAAUUUGAUGAAAUGGCAGCCGUGUGUUAAAGUGUAUCGUUCAGAAGAGCAAAGUUGAACACUUCCUUCAACAUUAGGGCAUGGCGUGCUGUGUGUGUCAGUGAUUGCCUCUGUGGACUCAUGACUUUCCAUCGCCAUGGCUUUCUCUUACACCGCUGUUUAGCUUUCAGAUGUAAUCCUGUCUUCUCUCUUCCCCACGAAAGCGCACUCAAUUUUGUUAGGAAUGAACGGAAGUUUAAAAAACUCUUGCGCCCACCCCCGUCCUCCACCCAUUCCUGUUAAAAGUUCUCUGGCGAAGAGCCAAUGGGUGAACGUAAUUGAAAGAGCUAUUUACUCCUUUGGAAACCUGAUUUGAAGUCUAAGUUUUCAGUAACAGAAGACACACAAGCAAUGUGGACUGCCAAGCUUGAAGCACCUCGGGCUCUGCCUUCACUCUCAUGCUACCAUGUCGAGCCCAAACUCCACUUUAAUUAAAAGAGCUGUGCUGUGAAUUCCACAACUUCUGUUAAAUAAUUUGUGUUCCAUUAUAUAUAUUUUGCACAUCUCAGGGGACCAUAAUGAACAUAUGAAAGGGGGGGUGCCAUCAAAUAGAGAAAACAAAGAGAAGAGGUGAAUGGAGACUAGCUGGAUAAAAAUAACAAAUUACUGCUUCUCUGAUGUUGUGAAGGUCAGGUUCAGGAAGCAUCAGUUCACAGUUAAUCUGGAGUAACAAUGAUCUGAAUACCAGCUGUUCCCAGGUCUCUCUUUUCCAUAGCCCAAACAGCAUUUCUAAAAUGUAAAUUUAAAUUACAUUGCAGUCACCAUGGGGAGAAGAAACCUGUUCAGUGGAAGCAGAAGCAUUGUUCCUUUUUUAGGUUGGCGCAGCUUUGCAAAACUCUACCCAGGAUAAACCACUUAUCACCACCAAGUGUACUUGAAAAUAAAGUUUUUAACUUAAAUUACAAGCAUAUUGCUCAUAAUACAAUAGUGAUCAUUUUUUGAAAGUCUCGCCAUUUAUAACAUGGGCAGUAUUUGGAGCUUGAUUUAAAAACCAACAAAAACCGAUAAUGACUUUGCACGAUUCACUUUGGGAUCUCAAAGUGCUUCCAAAGCAUUCAGAUUCACAAACAAUUCACAAGACAGGUCAUCUUUGUAAUACCCAUACUUAAAAUGAAUUAACAAAAGGAGUGACUUAAGAUUCCCCAGGAACACAGUGGCAGCUAUUGAUGAUCUGUUUUCUAUCUGUUUGAUAGAGCAUCAUGAGAAAUCACUAAAUACAAUGCUAUUUUUCUGAUGUGUGCUAAUAAAGUCAAAGAAAACAAAUACAACUUGACACUUUUGUCCAUUUUCAUUCAAAAAAAAAAGUUCAGGGUGUUUAGAAUUUUACACCUCAGCACACUUUACUGGUAUCAAUGGAUAAAGCGGGUGAUUGACAGAUCCACCCAAAUGCCAUUGCAGUCAGAAGCAGAUCUGGACACACCCUUGUUUACAGUUUCAUAUUGGGUUUCUAUAGUUCCCGUGCUAAAUCACCAUCUUUCAGGAACAUGACUGCUCCUGGCAGUGGAAGGUGCUGAAACAGAAAUUUUAAUUAAAAACUUUAUCAAGUACUCUUCACAGUGCUGCUUAGCACCAUAGAAAUUCAGUACAAUAUAUCAAGCCCUACUUUGGAGGAGCUGGAUUUCUGAGGGAGCUGAUCCAGUUCUAAGUGUUUUCUCGAAUUAGGAGAUAGAUGAUCUUUGACGGGGAGCUCCUCCGUCACCACAGGCCAGUCACAGAACCAACUAGCCACGUGCUGCCAGACCUCAGUGGGCCCAAGCAGGAGCAAUCUCUUCUAUCCCUCAUCUCCCCCAGGACCAUCCUGCCCAUUGUCAAUGUCAUCCAGGGCUCUUUUGGUAGUGAGUGACUUUUCUGCACAUGUUUAGGGCUUGGAGGAGCUAGAACACAGGAAACAUGAAUGCAAAAGGCAUGGAAAACACUGUUUUGCUUUGGGUUAGUAAAAUGUGGGCAGGAAAAAGAUUACUAUCGGUCUGAGCUUUGCCAAGUGAGAUAGAAUCAGCUGUCACCCCAUUCCUCUCCCAGAAGGUCUUAUGGUAUUAAGGGUACAUCCAAUAUUUUCCCACAGAUUUUUAUUCAGGAGAUGUUUCAUAAAUUACAUAUAUGAAAACAUUCAUUAUUACAUUUCCUUGUGUGUUUCAAACAGACAUUGGCACCUUCCUAUUGAGUUAAUACUCUGCAUCUUUUGCAGCAGCACCCCACAAGGAGAUUCCCAGAGAUGGCUCCCCUAACACACAAUCCUGUGAUUUUACAGUUCUAUGACUUACAGUUGAUGAUUCACAAGAUUCAGGAUUCUACAAGACUCAAGGGGGAACUAAACGUUUUUAUGAUUGUACAUAAUCAGUUAUAGGGCUGUAAUCAUUAAUUGUUGGCUUCAAAUGUGGACACACACACACACACACACACACACACAAACACACCAUGCCAAGGAGGGAAUGGGGUGUUUCAAGUCAGGCAGCAAUGAUUCUGGAAGGUUGGAAAUGUACAGUUAGAAGCUUGGCUGGUCCAUGUACAGUUGUCUGCCUCCCUGUCCCAAGGCUGAUCUUAGUAAACCUGUUCCCUUGCUCCCACCAAGAAGAGGUACGAAAUGUGAGACCUGAGAUCUCCUCCAAUAUCUGUCCUCCGCAGUUCCGGGAAACUAAUCAUGAAGUACACACACAGCAGCUCCUCCACUUCCUUUCCUCCGAGGUCCUCCUUUCCGUUCUCCCACCUAGAUACUGACACACCGCCACGGUUUCCACAUUGGAAGGGCAGAACAUUGUGCAGUAUCGUGCACACUUGCUGGGUUAGGAAUAGAGCUGCCCUAGGGUCACCUUCAUGCAAGUAUUGACAGCUACGAAUUAAAGUCCUUAGAGCAGUUGACACAGAUACUACGUUCUAGAAGAGAACGAAAUUUAAACGUCAAGUUUAAAGGGAUCAUAAUUCUGCAGGUAUCUUUCUCUGAGUGACUGAAUGUGACUAUUGCAUUAGGGUAAAUGAAUUAAGACGUGCAAGUGGGAUUUACUGUAUGUUAGAAAGGAGUUUUGCAGCCAAGACUGCCUUGAAUAAAAUGUGUUUGCACUGAAAAAAAAAUUUUAAAUUACUUGGUCUCUGGUUGCUGUAAAGGUCAUCCAAGAUGGAUGUUCUGUUUAUAUUGUAUAGUAUUUCAUAUGAAAUAAUUACAGUUCAUGAAAUGUCUUCCCUAAUGUUACUGAUUUAUAACAGCACAUUUGUAACAUGGUUUUUAUCGUGUCAGUGUACCAUACUGUAAAUGAUGAUUACUUGUCAUGCUUAGUAUAAUAACUUAAAAGAAAAAAAAGGACAGGGAUUUUUGUAAGUCUAUAUUUGAAAGUCCCUCCCUAUGGUGAUACUGUGUUCAUGUUGUUUAUGUAGUGUUGUGUGAAAUAUCCAUUUUGGAUUGUGUUACUUUUUAAGAUAUUAAAUAACAUUUGGUUAUA